GACACAAUGCCUCCACAACAGAAGCAGCGAAAGAUGGCCAUUGUCGGCAGCAGAUCCGUGGGCAAGAGCUCGCUGACUGUUCAGUUCGUCGAUGGCCACUUUGUCGACUCUUACUACCCCACGAUUGAGAACACCUUUUCCAAGGUCAUCAAGCACAAGAACCAGGAUUUCGCUGUGGAGAUUAUCGACACUGCCGGACAGCACUUCAUUGGUAUCCAUGGAUACAUGAUUGUCUACAGCGUCGGCAGCAAGCAGAGUUUCGAGAUGGUGAGGAUCAUUCGCGACAAGAUUCUGAAUCAUAUGGGUGCCGAAUCGGUCCCGCUGAUCAUUGUCGGCAACAAAUCCGAUCUGCGACCUGAGCAACGCCAAGUCAAGCCUGAGGAUGGUCGUAAGCUUGCCGAGGAGCUCAAUUGUGGCUGGACAGAAGCAAGCGCCAGGUUCAAUGAGAACGUUGGUAAGGCCUUUGAGGGCAUGGUAGCCGAGAUCGAGAAGGGCCAGGAAGCUGGCCAGCCCAAGGAGGGCAAGAACUGCAUUGUCAUGUAA